AUGACGGUGCUGAAUACACAAUGGAAAAACGGAGAAAAUCCUUUCCAAUGUUCCCACUGUGGAAAGAAUUUUACYCAGUUAGGGAACCUAAAUCGGCACAAGAGGACACACACAGGAGAGAAGCCUUACCAAUGCUCUCAGUGUAGAAAGAGUUUUAGGGGUUUAGUGAGCCUGAAACAGCAUAAGAGAAUACACACAGGAGAGAAGCCGUAUCACUGUUCCCAGUGUGGAAAGAGUUUUAGAUGGUUAGGGACUUUGAAAAUGCAUGAGAGGACACACACAGGAGAAAAACCGUACCAAUGCACCAUGUGUGGAAAGAGAUUUACCCAGUUAAAGUCCAUGAAAUUACAUGGGAGAAUACAUACAGGAGAGAAGCCUUACCACUGCUCCCACUGUGGAAUGACUUUUACCUGGUUAGUAAACAUGAAAACUCAUGAGCGAAUACACACAGGAGAGAAGCCUUAUCAAUGUUCCCAGUGUGGAAAGAAUUUUAGGGGUUUGGUGAACCUGAAACAGCAUGAGAGGACACACCCACAAGAAAAGCCUUACCAAUGCUCCCUGUGUGGAAAGCGUUUUACAAAGUUAGGGGGUCUGACAAGGCAUGAGAGGACACACACAGGAGGGGAUAAGACGUAUCACUGCUCCCUGUGCGGAAAGACAUUUAACAGGUUAAGGCAUCUGAAUAAGCAUGAAAGAAUACAUACACAGGAGGAGAAGACAUACCACUGCUCUCAUUGUGGAAAGACAUUUUCCCAGUCAGAGGACCUGAAAGCACAUGAGAGAAUAGAAAGGCUGUGUUCUGACUUGUGUUUUUGACUGAGAAUUUGUGUUUUUGUACAUACCACAUGAAAUCAUAUUGUUUAUAUGAAGUCUAAAACAAAAUAGGUUUACUUAAAAAAAUGUUUGUUUCGUUUCUAAAAUGAGAU